CCCCGGCGCUCCGGGAGCCGGCGGCGGGCCGUGCGGGGUCGCCUCCUCGCCCGGCAGCCAACCGGGGGAGGGCCGUGCCGCCCACAAAGGCCGGGUUUGGGGGCGCCGGGCCGGCGCUGCUCCUCCUCCUCCUCUACCUCCUCCUCGCGGCGCCGGGCGCGCUGCAGCGGCCGCCCCGCACAGCCGGCGCGGCUCCCCGCGCAGCCCAUCAUGGCUGCGAGCGCCGGGCCCCGCGCCCCGCAUCACCUCCUCCUCCUCCUCCCACUACUGCUGGGCGGCUGCGGGGCCAGCCUGCCCCCCGAGCCGCCGCCGCCGCCCCCGCCGAGCCCCGAGCCCCAGCCCCUGCCCGAGUCGGCUCUGCAGAAGCCCACCGUGCUCCUGGCCAUCAUCGCCCGCAACGCGGCGCACACGCUGCCCCAUUUCCUCGGCUGCCUCGAGAGGCUGCAGUACCCCAAGAGCAGGAUCGCCCUCUGGGCGGCCACUGACCACAAUGUUGAUAACACCACAGCGAUCCUUAGGGAGUGGCUGAAGAACGUGCAGAACCUUUACCACGAUGUGGAGUGGAGGCCGAUGGAAGACCCCCAGUCUUACCCAGAAGAAAUUGGGCCAAAACAUUGGCCAAGCUCCCGAUUCACUCAUGUGAUGAAACUCCGACAGGCUGCCCUGCGCGCUGCACGGGAGAAGUGGUCGGACUACAUCCUGUUUAUCGAUGCAGAUAAUUUACUGACCAACCCACAAACCCUGAACCUGAUGAUAGCGGAAAACAAGACGCUGGUGGCACCGAUGCUGGAGUCUCGCUCCCUCUACUCUAACUUCUGGUGCGGCAUCACCCCCCAGGGCUAUUACAAAAGGACGCUGGAUUACCCCCUGAUUCGGGAGUGGAAGAGGACAGGCUGUUUUGCUGUUCCAAUGAUUCAUUCCACGUUCCUCAUUGACUUGAGGAAAGAGGCCUCCACCAAGCUGAUGUUCUACCCACCCCACCAGGACUACACCUGGAGCUUUGAUGAUAUCAUGGUCUUUGCCUUCUCCAGUCGCCAAGCAGGAAUACAGAUGUUUGUCUGCAACCGUGAACACUAUGGUUUCCUUCCCAUGCCCCUGAAAUCGCACCAGACGCUGCAAGAAGAAACCGAGAACUUUGUGCACACACUGAUCGAGGCUAUGAUCGAUCGCCCUCCCAUUGAACCCUCUCAGUACGUGUCUCUUCCUCCGAAGAACCCUGACAAGAUGGGAUUUGAUGAAAUUUUCAUGAUCAACCUGAAGCGUCGGAAAGACAGGCGGGAUCGGAUGUUGCGGACUCUCUAUGAGCAGGAGAUUGCAGUCAAGAUCGUGGAGGCUGUGGAUGGAAAAGCACUGAACACGAGUCAGCUCAAAGCUCUCAGCAUCGAUAUGCUCCCGGGUUACCGGGACCCAUAUUCCUCCAGGCCACUAACCAGGGGAGAGAUCGGCUGCUUCCUUAGUCAUUACUACAUCUGGAAGGAGGUGCUGAACAGAGAACUGGAGAAGACGCUUGUUAUUGAGGAUGAUGUGCGCUUUGAACACCAGUUUAAAAGGAAGCUCAUGAAGCUGAUGGAUGAUGUUGAACAAGCCCAGCUAGACUGGGAGCUUAUCUACAUUGGCCGGAAAAGGAUGCAGGUGCAGGAGCCUGAGAAAGCAGUUCCCAAUGUCAUGAACCUGGUGGAAGCCGAUUACUCCUACUGGACCCUGGGGUAUGCAAUCUCUUUGCAAGGGGCUCGGAAACUCAUCGGAGCUGAGCCUUUCAGCAAGAUGCUGCCUGUAGACGAAUUUCUGCCAGUCAUGUACAACAAGCACCCUGUAGCGAAGUACAUGGAGUACUACGAGUCCAGAGACUUGAAAGCCUUUUCAGCAGAACCCCUGCUUGUUUACCCCACCCACUACACAGGGCAGCCAGGCUACCUCAGCGACACAGAGACCUCCACAAUCUGGGACAACGAGACCGUGUCAACGGACUGGGACAGAACGCACUCCUGGAAAUCCCGACAGCAGGGCAAGAUCCACAGCGACGCCCAGAACAAGGAUGCCCUGCCUUCCCAGUCAUCUCUCAACGCGCCGUCCUCCAGGGACGAGCUAUGACUGCCCGCUCCCCUGGGACUCUGUUGACAGCUGAACCUGCCUCACACUUUGGCUUUUUACCCUUGAAAGUUGUAGAGCAGCUCUUCAUGUGGUCUCCUUCCCACUGCUUCAAUGGCAAAGCACGGUGGUUGGACCUGACAACUAAACGAGCCGCUUAGAACUGGGUGGGAGAUGGAGGAGGAAAAAGAACAAGUGUUCCAGACUGGCAGAGAAAAGGCAGAGAUCUGAACAAAAGCCCUCCCGAGCUUUUGUAAAAAACCAACCUUGAAUGACGUCUUUCUACAGUUCCUUGUGUAGAAUACUGUAUUUAUAAAGAUUAAUAUAUAGAGGUGUACAAGUGUUAAUACCUUUCUGGAUAGCUGUAACUGGGCUGCUGUGUAACUGUUACUCUUGGUAGGCUUUUAUAACCGUCUUCACUGAGAGAAGCUGCAGGCGAGCGCUUGAGUUAUUUGGUUUUGUUUUUCAAAGGGAUCCCUGUCAGAAUCAAGGUGGUUUCCAAGAACGUUGAGUGCACUGGAGCAGCGCUCCUCUGUGCUGUCUUCUCCCGCAUCACACUUCUGUAGAAAACUAUUGCUGGUUUUCCCUCCGCAAAUUUCAAAACUUGCUAGAUCCCGUCCAGACAGGCCUCUCAAGCCAGAACUAAUGUCUCGGCAUGUCUAAAAUCUCGGAAGCUAGCAGAGAAAGUGGGGGCUGCUGGUUUGAUGUGUCUCUCCUCUGCCUGAAGGCAGCACAGGCGGAGGUCAUCUGUCUCGUCUCUUGCUUCACCCCCUGCCUCAAGUUAUUCCUUCAGGGAAGCAAAGCCUGGCAACCUGUUUGCAGGCCUGUUUAAUUAGGCCAUAAAACCAAGUGUAGGACUUCUAGGAACUUUACAUUUUAGAAGUUUGAUUAUGAACUGCUUGUACUAUCUUUAUAAAAACAAAACAACCUACAGAAAUGGUAGAGUUGUCAACUGUACUGUUCUCGACAGCCUUGAUAGAAUUGCACGUUGCAGGACGGAAAGGCAACUUGUCUUGAUGUUUUUUCAUGUGAGGAGCAAACUUGGGUUUUGGGAUAUUUUUUUUUUUGGGAUGAGUUCUGAUGUACUUGCUGUUGGCUAACAUGUCAGCAGAGUAUGGUGUUUAUUUUUAAUUUUUUUUUAAUGUUUCUCAGAGGCCAGGUGAUCAGGGACUACACUGCUUGGGCUUAGCUGGCAUGGAGCUCAGCUGGUGGACUGCCACGGCAGCGGGAGGAUGCCCUCCCGGAAUCGCCAUCUGGAGACUCCCCUGCUGGCAGAGCUCUGCAGCUGGGAAUAGUGUGGCUGGGUUGGGUUUGGGUUUGUUUUUUUUUUAAAUUUUUGUUUGUUUUUAAGAAUUACUGAACAAUGUUGUGCUUUCUGCUAAAGAAAACAUGUUAUUACCUGUCAGCCGGUCUGAUAAUACAUAGAACCUGGUGCAAGAUGAGCAGCUGUGCGUAUUCUUCAUUGGGUGGGAGCUGCCCUGGCUGGGAAGGGCCAGCUCAAGGGGUUUUCAGGCCAGCUCAAGGGGUUGUCACCCUGCCAUGGGCUCACCGGCCAUAUAGAUGUGCCUGUCCUGCAGCUGCCACCUGCAGCUGUGUUCCUUCUGCUGUCCAAGCCGGAGCAGGUGUCCAUGCGACAUGGUGAGUAUGGAGAGCAGGUCUGUCAUGGGCCACAACACACAGCCUGGGUCAUUCCUCUCUGAGAACCCCUCUUGCUUCCUCCUCAGGUCUGGCUGUACAGGCGGCACGUCGGGGCUGUUUGAAGCACUGUUUGAGCAUGGCCGUCCCAGAGAUGCCGACCCCAACCUGCAGGAGUGCUGACAGGAGGUGAAUGGCUGCUGGCCAUUCCGAGGAGACUAAGUGCAAGAACCAAGCAGGAAAGGAGUUAAGGUCUGAUACUGCUGUUAAAUUCAUCAUUUCCCCCCUCAUCUUGAUCAUGCCACUGGUAUGUGGGAGUCCCUUCAUACCUCCUCGUGCACCAGGUUCAAAUUUCUCACCUUUAUGAUAUUUUAACCUUGGUCCUUGCUCUCCGCUUUCAUUCCCUGCAGCUUCCCGUGAAUUUGUGCUAGUAUCUUGUUUCCCGAGUGUGCUUAGCUGCAUGGCCCUCUUCUCCACCUGCCUCCCAUUUGAAGCUUUCUGCUAUCAGACUAAAUAGGACUGUGUCCCCAUGACUUUUUUUUCCUUCUCUAACUUGAAGGCAGUUUGGCAGAUUGUUCCCAUUAUCAAAUGCCUUUUUGCUAACCUUAAUUUUCAUAUUAAAAUCCUGCAAGGAAUUUUUGCAUGCCUAUAGCAAAUUAGACUAAUAAUAGGCCAGACUUUAUCCUCAUUUGCUCCGUUUUGCUACUGCAUUCAGGGAAGUUAUUACACAAUAAAUAUUGAAUUUAUAAUCCACUGCUAAAAUUGGUCCUUUCUCUGACACCUUGGGAAGGCCUGUUUGUUUCUAAUCUCUUUCAUCAUUAAUAAUUCCCAUGACUAUUUUUAACAAUAGAAAGGGACAGCCUCAGACAGAAGUAUGCAUUUCUAGCUGAUGCUGUCUCCUUAAAGUAACGCAGCGCUCUGGAUCCCCAGCCAGGGUUUUCAGCUGGUGAAAUGAGUACUGCUUCUUUGAUUUAGUCGGGUUCAUGU